AUGGCCCAGCGAAGCCCAAUCUUCCCAACUCUUGCCCCUUCUGAAAGACGGGUUCGAAACAUACCGCUGCAUAGCCAGGCGUUGACAGCGGUCCCGUUGGCAUCAGCAAGCCUGGUAGAUCAGCUGGAAGACAGAAUCCUAAGCCAUGAGAAAACAACGGCGGCUCUGGUGGAACAUGCUUUUCGCAUUAAGGAGGACAUUGUUUCCACUCUGCACAGAAUGCAGAACAAAGGGGGGGGUGACCGAUUGGCUAGGCAGCUCUUGGAAGAACAUAUCCGAAACAUAACGGCAAUAGUGAGGCAGCUUAAUCGGGACAUUGAGAUGCUGCAGGAACAAAUACGUGUCAGAGAUAAUCUCAGCUAUGGAACAAAUUCUACCCUGAAGAGUCUGGAAAUGCGGCAGCUUUCUGGUUUAGGAGAUCUUCGAGGAAGAGUUGCAAGGUGUGAUGCUGGAUUAGCCAGACUCUCUGCAGAGCACAAAAUUACGUAUGAAAGACUUCAGAGCCUAAGUAAAGACCAACACACCUCCAAGCUGAUCUUAGAAUCUAAAAUCAAAGAGGCAGAAAUACAGAUUUCCCAUCUUCUGAGCAGAUUAGAGCAAUCAAUAAUGCAACAAGAAGCAAAAUUGAAGAUUGCCUACAAAGACAGCAACCAGCAGCUCCAUCUUCUGGAUCUGAAAUUAAAAAAUGCUAUUGAGGAACUCAACAGUCAGAUUUUGUCUGCACGUAGCUGGCUGGAACAAGAACACAAAAGGACCGAAAAAGAACUUGUGCAAAAAAUUGACCAACUCUCAUUGACUUUUAAAGAAAAGACUGAAAUGAAUGAAAGAACUAUAGAGGUGAAAUUCAACCAAAUGGCAGAGAAAAUGGACAAAAUCGAAGAAAUGCAGAAGAUAACUAUGGACGCCUAUGAAGCAAAACAGACUGAAGAAAAAAUAAAUAUUCGCAUUGGCAAACUACAAAAUGAGAUAAAUGAAGAUGUAAAAGAAAUGAAAGCUGAAGUUAAUGCUGGAUUUGCAGCUAUCUAUGAGAGCAUUGGGUCUCUACGACAAGUUCUAGAAGCGAAAAUGAAGCUGGACAAAGACGAACUACAGAAGCAAAUCCACCAAAUGAAGCAGGAGGUUUCAGCAUGGGGAGAGGCUGUACCAUGA